AUGGCACUGAGGUAUCUCAUCACCGGCGCAACUGGAGGCCUUGGAAAGCACGUGCUUAACUACUUUGUUGAAAAUAUUCCUUUUUCUGAAUUUGCUGCUGCAUCGUCCAAUUCCCAAAAUAAAUCGAAGUUUGAGGAUCGUGGAAUUGCCUUCCGUCAUGUUAACUACGAUGACCCUCAAUCACUUGAGACGGGACUGCGCGAUGUUGAGAACCUACUUUUCGUCAGUUCGAGUGGCUAUUCGCGAGGCGAGCAGCAUGCUAGAGUUAUAAAUGCCGCUAAGAAGGCUGGGGUGAAGCAUGUGUGGUAUACAUCUCUCGCUUUUGGUGGCUUCUCAGACGACUCCAAGGCUCCUGUACAGCAAGACCAUCUUCUUACUGAAAAACUACUUCGGGAAUCCGGUCUUACAUAUACCUCCAUCCGGGAAGGCAUAUAUGCGGAAGCCUUUACCGUAUUUCUUGAUUGGUACCCGGCAAAGACAACAGUGACGCUUCCCGCAGACGGGGAGGUGGCAUUUACCUCACGUCCAGAACUCGGUGAAGCAACCGCGCGCAUUAUGAUUCGUGGCGGAUACGAGAACCAGAUUGUCCUAUUUACUGCAGAGGAGACAACCACUGCUAAGGAAUUGGUAGACAUUCUCAAUGACUCCACUGGUCGACAAGUCAAGCUUAAUCUGGUCUCACGGGAGGAGUACCUCGAUACACAUAGCAUACAUGACCAACGCGGCAAGCCGAGGGAGCACUUCGAGUGGAUUGCUACAAUUUGGGAUGAGAUUACAAAAGGAUCAUUGCGCACAAUACAUCCGUUGAUGCAUGAGAUUCUGGGGAGGGAGCCUACUAAGCCUCGAGAUGCGGUGAGGAAGUUGUUAACAGAUAAUAAGGAUUAUACGUUCCUCUAG